CUACGUUAACGCUCACCUAGCCUCCUAGCAUAACAGAUGAAACGAAAGGAGUAGCUGGGAGGAUAUUUAUCCCCAAUUUCGGGGAGAAAAACGCACACGGAAAUGAGUGAAGAAAGCUCAAGCAUCCUCCUUGGCUACAUGGUCGUAAAGGUGCUCCUGCAGUUGUGAGCACUGAGCAGAGGAGCGUCACAGUGAAAGUGGCCAUGCAUCCCUUCGGCUGUGAGGCUGAGACGUCCCUUCAGGACCUGUUUGAGUACUUCAAGAGGUGCCUGCAGCAUGGAGAGUGGGAGCUGGCCAGUGCUUGUGUGCCACAGCUGGUUAACUCCGCAGGAGGACUUUCAGAAAACCUACGGGACAUAAUCAAAGCUAUUGUCUGCCAUCCUUACAUUUUAAAAUGGGAGUCUGUGGGCAGUCCACAUAAACUGGCUUGGUUUUGGCUUCAGGUCUUGGAGAAAUGGACAGAAGAGCAGGUUUCUCCCAACAUCAGAAGGGAGCUGGAGUUCCUACUGCUACUGGAGGAGCUGGGGUCAGAGGGCAUCACAGAGACGGCUCUCAAGGAGUUGCAUCAGGCUUUCUUGGACACACAAUCUGAGCAGAAGCCUCCAGAGGGUUCGAGGACAACAGUUCCUGCUGUUGAGUCUUGUCUCCAAACUUUAUUGGAGAAAAAGAAGCCAAGACUCGCCCAGGCGCUAGCACAUUUCUUACAGGACCAGUCAUGCACAGAGGACCACACUCUCCAGCACACGUUCAUCCAACACCUGAUGAAGAAACUGGGAAAGCCGGAGAGACGGCCCGAGAAGAUGGAGGAGUGGGUGGAGGAGAUAUACGCUGUGUUGGCCGUGAUACCGUGGAGCCCUCGUAGAAGCGGCGGGCAGUUUGAGGCGCUGUGUGAAGCUCUGUGGGCGGCCAGAGACGGGCCCCUGAAAGAGGAGAGGGUCCUGAGCUCGCUGCUCCGCCCGCGAUGUGACGCUCUGGUCUCCGCGUACUGCUCCACUGCUCUGAGGCUUCAGAGGGAUCAUCUGCUGAGGAGUGCGCCUGACACACAAGUGGACCUCCCUGAAGCAGAGAAGCUGGCCCUCAGUUUAUGUUGCCACAAAGAUCGUCCAUCCAUUUGGAAGACCAUCUAUUUUGAGUGCCUUAGUAGCGGAAAGCACUUCCUGGAGCAGGUCUUGGUUACUGGACUUGACCUGAUUAAACACGAGGAGUUCUCUCAGCUGAAGGACUUACUGCAGUUGGAGUUCCAGCCUCUGUCUCGUCUGCUGUUGCUGCUGGGAUGGACUCAGUGUCGCGGUCUGAGUUCAGCUCAAACGCUGCUCAGCAUCCUUCACUGUGAGCAGGCAUCAGCCAAUGACUCUGUUCUGCAGGAGUUUGCCAACCUUUUGUCAUCUCAGCUUGGAAUACUUGAAUGGUGUAAAAACAACAAUCCAGGGAUUUCCAUGGAGGCAUUGCUGUCACAGCUUCAUACUCUUGACAAUCAUUCAGCCCUCUAUAUUCUGCAUUCCUUGACUCCUUUGGCUCAGUUUGAAGAGCGCAGGAUACUGGAUCUGCUACAGCAACUGCCAAAUUCACCAGGAACAGAAGACACUGAGGCCAUCAGUACUCUCAGUCCUGGUGUGCAGAGGAACAUCAUUUUGUUCCAGGGCUUCUGUGCCAUGAAGUAUGCCAUCUACGCUCUCUGUGUAAAUGCACAUAAAUACUCAAAUUGCAGCGAGUGUGAGUCCAUGCAGCAGCAGCAGCAGCAGCAGCAGCAGCAGCCAUCCGGAACAGAAAUGGACCAAAAUCAAACUUCAACGUCCUCAGAAGGUUGUCAUUUGCAGUUCCUGCACUACCUGUCAGAGUGCCGGCUCUAUCUGGAGGCCGUGCCCGCCAUGUUCCGCCUGGAGCUCCUGGAGAACAUCUUCUCCCUUCUCUUCCUCUCCAGCGCUGACUUUGCUCUGCAAACCCAAAAGGACACAAGUCCAAAUAUAAACACAGGGAACACCUUUCAUCCAGUCUCUUUAUCAGAUGCAAGAAACACAGAUGUGGAACCAGGAAUCAAAGCCAAGACAGAUGAGACUGAGCACAGCAGGAAAGACAGCCAGAAGCAACAUGCAGCCCACUGUAGUCACCUGGACCUGGGACACUUCACCCAGGGCUGCAAGGGCUUUCUGGUUGAUGUGACAGCCAUGGAGGGUUUUCUGAAGCUGCUGAAAGAAGGACUGGAUGGCAUGUGUGUAGUGGGCCAGCAGGAGGGGCAGGAGGCAGGAAGAGCGCUGCCCCGAGAGGCGGAGGUGGUGGAGAGCCUCGGCUGCUCGGUGACAGCGGAGACAUUCGCGGCUCGCCUGCAGAGGUUAUCCAAACGCACCGCAGAGGCUCAGUGGAGGCUGCAGAUCAUCACCAGCAAUCAGGGCAGUGGAAGCGGUCCAGAAAGUCCUCUCCAGAUGUCAACGGUCAGCUAUUCUGCCAGUUCUGUGGGACGCAGCAAGAGCUCGAGUCUGAGGAGAAGGAAGAGGACGGGGAGACAUGCUGCAGAAAGACAAGCCUCCAUAGAGAAACACAACGGAGAAGUCAGCACAAGUACAUCAGAUGGUGGAGGAGCGGUGGCUGGAGGUUUUGUGGAACUGGAGGUUUGUCCAUGUGGAGGUCCCCACAGCUGGUUGGUUCCCGCCAUGUUGUCCCCUCCUGAAUCUCUACUCAUGUCCUGCAUCCGACGAGGAAACUUCAUGGAGGCACAUCAGGUGUCUCUGGUGUUUAAUCUGGAGGCGUCUGCCUGUUGCGGUGAGCUGGUGUUCAUGGAGCGCUACAAAGAAGUCCUUGUGGAGCUGGGUCGGGUGGAGCAGAAGAUGGAGAGCCAGUCUAUGUCCUCAUCCUCAUCUUCUUCAGAAGGCUUGGUGUCAACAGCUGGUUCUGGGACAGGGAGGAGUCGCCUGGGCAGCAGCGGGCGGUCGACCCUGCAGGCCAUCGGAAGUGCUGCUGCUGCAGGUGUGGCUUUCUACUCCAUCUCAGACAUAGCGGAUCGUCUCCUCAGCACCGCCGCUCACCCGAUGCCCUCACUGGAGGAAGGCUACUGGUUGAGUCGAUGCUCUUCAGAGCCCUCUGGCCUCCUUUACACACUGCUGGAAGAGCUCAGCCCAGCGGCCAUGGCUGCCUUUGACCUGGCUUGCUGUCACUGUCAGCUUUGGAAGACGUCCCGGCAGCUGCUGGACACAGCAGAGCGCAGGCUCAACAGCAGCCUGGAGGCUCGAGGCGUGAGAGUUGAUCCAAAGGUUCCUCAUUCUGAGAGGAUCUGUGGAUUUCCCAUGGUAUUACAGCAGAUCAACAAGAUCCUGAAUCAUUCUGCCACCAAUAAGAGCUCUGUCAAAACAGAAGCUGUCGGGGAAGAAGUGUUUGCCAGUCCAUUUGGUUGCUGCAUCCAGGAAGUGCUGCUCUGUUGCCACCCAACACUGAGUGAGGAGUUCAUCGCCGCUCGGCUCAGUCUUGUUCAACGCUUGGAGAACACGCUGCACAUUUUGAGUACAGCUACAGACGGAGCAGAGGGAAGCGUGGGCAGCGCUCUUUUGGCGCUGUUGGUGGAACAGGCCAAUCUGAAGCCGUUGGAGUUGGACGGCCACCCUGUGCGCUCCAGUAUGAAGCAACUGCUUCGCUCUCUAGACCAGCUCUGUCCCUUCGAGCCAGACGGAGAGCUCGCCAGACCAGAUUUUGUGCGCAGUUUCCUCGAUUUCGUCAACACACUAGCAUCUGUACUGGUGCGCAGCCUUAGUUCAGAAGACCAGAGCAGUGAAGUAAAGCUGGGGAAUCCGUUGCUGGUGUUGCUUCAGGCUCCAUCUCAGCUUCUCUCCCACCUGCUAUUUGACAGACAGGUGUCACCUGACAGGCUGCUGUCACUGCUGCAGCAGGAAGGUCUGCGACUGAGCGUCCAGCAGGUGAUUGUCCAGCGAUGCUGUGAGACUCUGCCCGUGUGGGUCUCCUGUCCAGGUGUUAAACAAGACAUCUGUCCGGCCAAGAGCGACGACGGAGUGUUCGGAGUCGACAGUUUGUCCGCUCUGCUCCAACAGCACGCUCAGGAGCACGUGUCAACUCUCGGGUUCACAGAGCCUCAGUCUGACAUGAGCUUUGAGUCCUCGGACUCAGGGGAAGACACCUCGACUACACCCAUCAACCUCUCCUACUCUCCACCCUCUCAUUCAUCCUCUUCCUCCUCUUCUUCCUCCUCCUCUUUUUUUCUCACGCCUUCGGCCCUGUCUUUCCUAAAAUCUCGCUCCCCUUUACUGGCAACGUUAGCAUGUUUGAGUGCUUGUAAAGGAGAAAAUGCCCGGAUACAGUCCUCCGGAUGGUCAGGAUUUUUCCGCAGCGGGCAUAAAGAGGUCGUCCUAGAUGGAGAGCAGAUUUCUCGCGAGGCUGAUAACCUCCUGAAGGAGUUCCCCAUUCUCCGGGCCUACCUUCACACCAUGGCUGAACCUGUGCUGGGUACUCCAUUAGGUGAGAGUGAGGAAGGCUCUGCUGGACUAUGGGCGCUUGUCUGUGGGAAACCCCUCGUCAGUCUCCUGCUGUCUGGGCCUCAGGAAGAAGUUGCCCAGGUUGUGGCUGCCGAGGCCUUCCAGCAGGCUCUGACCUCUAAAGACUUGGGCCGAGCCCUGAGCCUGCUGGAGCUGUAUGGGCAAGACUGCAGCCAGGAGGGGGCGCUGAGAGACCGUCUGCUUGCUUUUGCUGCUUUAGAAGGUGGAGAUGAAGGUAUAGGUCAGCUGUUUCCCGUACAGGAUGCUAACCUGCGAGCCCGCGUCGCCCUUCAGGCCCUCGAGCGCUGGCCUCUGUCGGCCUGUCUGGAGCUGCUGGAGUUCUGCCUCAAUGACCCGAGCACAGAGGCCUCACUGAGAACAGACUUAGAGCUGAAGAAGAAAGAACUGGACAUCUAUCGCUGGAUGUUAGAUUUACAACCUCCAUUGCCGUGGGCUAGUUGGCAGGAACUGAGGACUGAGUCUAAGACAAAUUCUGAGUCCAUGUUAUCUAUGAUGUUGGAGGCAAAGGAGUUUGCUCUUUGUGCGCAGUGGGUGGAGCUGUAUCCUGUUUCUGAGCAGUUGAGACUACAGCUGCAGACUGAGCAUUUACUUCAUCUGUUGGAGAAGGGACAGACAGAUGAAGCUUUCCAGCUACUCGAGGGUCUCUCAGAUUUUGUGGUCGGCCUGGACGUUUGUGAACGUGCUCUGGACCGCCGCCCCGGAUUGGCUGCUUGUCACUUCCUGGCGGACUACCUUACUCUGCAUUUCCAGAGGCAGGUGUCUCCGGCGCGUCGGCGACACAUUCAUGCCCUUCAUCUGGGCUCGAAGGUGUUGCUGACUCUGCCUCCAGCCGCCAGGCAGGACUAUUUCCCGCUGCUGUCGGAGCCCCUGCUGAUGCUGGAGCAGCUGUUGAUGAAUCUGAAGGUGGAUUGGGCAGAUGUAGCGGUACGAACCCUGAGGAGUCUUCUGGUCGGACAGGAGGCCGGCUUCGGUGCUGAAGACAUCGAUAAGCUUCUGGCAGACUACGCCUGCAAGGCACUCGACUUCUCCUGCGCCCCCAGAGAGAGGUCUCGAUCUGACUCUGUAAUCAGCCUCCAUGACGCACUGAUGCAGUGUCCUGCUCAAGACAUCUGCUACUCAACGCCCAGUCGACUCGAAUCCCCAGCACCCUCUACAACCAGUACGCCUACGCACACAUCAUCCUCCUCAAACAACACAGAGAGGGAUCGAAGCUCAGUAGGGAGAAAACGUCGCUCGCCUGCCAAGUUCCAACCUCCGGACCAACCCCCAGCCCGCAAGGACUGGGUCCCUGACACCCUGCAGCAUGUUUGCAUGGUCUGCCAGCGUGAGAGGUUCACCAUGUUCAACAGACGGCAUCAUUGUCGGAGAUGCGGCCGCCUGGUUUGUCACGCGUGUUCUGAGAAGAAAAUGCCUGUGGAGGGAUGCCUGGGAGAUGAAGUCAGAGUCUGUGACCAGUGUUACGCCUACUUUCACCCAGAUUCAGAUGAUGAGCUGGAACCAGUUGAAGUGGCUGGAAGUCCAGUGGUGACAGAGGAAGCUCUUGAUGGGAUGCUGCAUCUGCCUGAAGUGGUCCAAAGGCAGAUUCAACUCGGCACAAACCCUGCAGAGAACCAGUUGCUGCGGAGCGAGUUCUACUUCGAACAGGCUCCCAGCGCGUACCUCUGCGUGGCCGUUUUGUCUCUACACAGCGACCAAACAGCCUGCGGUCAUCAGCUCAUCAGCCACUGCCGCUCCCUGUCUUGUAAGCUGACCAACCCGGAGGUGGACGCCUGCCUUCUCACAGACAUCAUGCGGCAGCUGCUGUUCAGCGCCAAGCUGAUGUUUGUCAAAGUUGGCCGGAGCCAGGAUCUCGCCUUAUGUGACAGUUACAUCAGCAAAGUGGACGUGCUUAAGAUUUUAGUGACGGCCAAUUACAAAUAUGUUCCUUCUCUGGAUGACAUUCUGGAGACCUCUGCUGUCACACGUCUCCGUAACCAGCUGUUAGAAGCGGAGCAUUAUCAGCUAGCAGUGGAGGUUUCUACCAAGAGCGGCCUGGACCCAGGCGGUGUGUGGCAAGCGUGGGGCAUGGCCUCUUUGAAGGCAGGGAAUCUAUCAGGGGCUCGGGAGAAGUUUGCCCGCUGCCUGAAGGCCCCAGUGGACCGCAACCAGCUCAACCUCGGUCCCUUACUGCUGCAGGAGAUCGUUCAGCACCUGGAGACGACUGUAAGACCCACUCUGGCCACGUCUCCCGGUGAGGACAUCUUGGCGUCCCUGCGGGAGCUGGAGGUUGCCCUGUGUGAGUCCGGUCCUGUGGAGAGACCAGACACACAGAUCCUGAGCAGCAGCCUCCACCAGGAGUGUCUCUACUACCUGAACACAUACGGCACUCACCUGGCACUGAUCAGCUUCUAUAUGCGUCAUGACUGCAUGUCAGAGGCCCUAACAUACCUUCUCAACAAGGACUCCCCGGAGGAAGUGUUUCUAGAGGGCGUGUUGCAGCCCACUCUGGAACGGGGACGUCUUGGCAUGCUGCAGGGGAUACUGGAAAAACUGGACCCCGGCCUGGAAACAUGCAGCCGCUACCUUAUUGCCUCCUGCCAGUUCCUGCAGCGGCGGGGAUACUACCACACUCUCUACCAGCUCCAGCAGUUCAUGAUGGAUCACGUGCGUGCGGCUAUGACCUGCAUCCGAUUCUUCACAUAUAGAGCCAGUUCGUACCUACAGCUGGGAGAGCAGCAGCACUGGUUGGUCAGCGCCAAAGAGCACCUGAGGACAUACCUGCAGGAGCAGCAAGGUCGGGGUGCCGGGAGGAGAAAGUCUCAAGUCAACUCAUUCAGGAAGAUGAUGUCAUCCAGUGACGUGUCCAGGCACAUGAAUACAAUCGAGCUCCAGCUAGAGGUGACCCGUUUUCUCCACCGCUGUGAGACGGCGGCCUCCCCCAAGGCUCCGCAGACCAGUACACCUUCCUCCAAGUCCACUGGGUCCAGUGCACCACCUACACUGUUUGGAGGAAGCCCCAUAAAGGUGGAGGUUGCCUGCAAGGUGAUGCUUGGAGGAAAAAACAUUGAAGAAGGUUUUGGCAUCGCAUACAGAGUCAUACAGGACUUCCAGCUGGAGGCUCAGGCCGUCUACGUGCGGGCCGGCCAAAGGCUGGUCCGUCAGAGGCAGUAUGGAGCCGUGCGGCAGUUGCUCAAAUGCGUUGGCGAGUCAGGCACUGCCACCAAAAACGACUGUGAUGCCCUCAUCCUCAGCUGUGUGUCUGUUGCAGAUAAGGGACCAGCUGAUGCCAAGGAGCUGGAAAGUCUCAUUCUAGAGACUAAGAGCACGGAGAGCAAGAUCAAAGCCUACCUGCAGUGCAGUAAGCUGCGGCCAGCGUACCUGCUGGCAGUGAAACUGGAGCCGAGCCGGGCAGGCCCGUUGGUCCAGGACGUCCUUCAGGCCGCAGAGGGAGCACAAGACUCAGUGAUGCAAAACAUUUGUCGCCAGUGGCUGUCUGAACACCACGGCAAGGCUCCUCAGCAGCGCCAGGCCCGACCCAAUGCCAGGUAAAGGUACAGUCGGCAUAACAAGGGAUUACACCGACAACACUUAGACUCAAAAAACAGAUGAGGUUGAGAAAUGUGAGAGGGUUAAACAAUUAGUUAGCCCUAAGAUACAAAUGACUGUAACGAGACAGCAGCUGUGAUCUUCAGAUGCAGAACAUUGUAGCUGAUUAUUGGCAUACACCACACUUCAUGCCAACCAGAUUAUUCGGUCAGAUCAUCCAGAAUGUGAUGAGAUUACAGACAUAUUAAAAUUUGGCUAAUCUGUCAGUAUAUUAGGAGACCUGCUACAUGCUGUUAAGGUCUGGAAAACACAUGGAAUAUGAAAUGGAAACAUCUCGAAAUGAUCACUUUCUCUUUUUAUUUGAGCCGCCUCCCUGUGUCUGUGAAGCUAACGAAUCACCGCUGUGCUUUAUUUCUAUUCUGGAUAUAUUUCACUGUUAUCUCCCAUCUGUACAGUGUCUGAUACAGAGGGAACAAUGUAACCGCACCCGAAUGACAACAACUACUACAUAACUGCUAACUGCUAUGUAUACAUACAGUAUAUACAGUCAUUCUCACACAAUAUAAUCAUAUCUGUUACUCAGUAUUUGACUAAGAUUAAUCUCCUACCUCAGCCAAAAGGGAAAAUAUCUUUAAACUGACCGGAAAGUCUCUGCCAAAUGUGUUGCUUGUAAAUCUAUUUUUUUCUGUUCUUAUCGUCUGUGUGUGUGUGGAUACAGUUUUGUUCAUUCACAUAAAUGUAAUUAGGUGUCAUCCGGACGGUACAUGUUGAAUCCUUGAAGAAACUGAGAACUGUGGUCUUGUUUUUGUAAACCGAUGUUUACCCGUGUUACCUGAUAUUGUAGAGCACAUUUCCUUUGCCAGCUUUCAGCGUAUAUUCCCUUUUGAUAAGGGACAGUAACAGAAUUUGAAGUAUUUAAGGGCAUUUAAGAUGAUAAGAAAUCUCCAAGAAACAUCAAAGUCGGAUACAGAAAGGGAAGCACUUAUAGAUCAUGUAAUCUUAAUGAAUUUUACUUCGCUAUCAAGAAAAUCACCUCUCUAGUUCUUAGUUUUGCUUCUGAAUGUUUCAUCUUGUGUCUCAUAAUUUAUUUAAUGUUUACCCCGAGUGCCACUAAUUUUAAAUCAUGCUUUUCAUUUUGUUCUCAUGGUUGACCCGACCCAUAUAUGCCUCAACACAGAUAAACAAUCAAAUAAUUAUUUUCUUUUUUUGAAAAAAAAAAAGGGAUUUAACCUUUGCCAUACAGUUACCUUUUAUGUGUAUUUUUCUUUUUGUUGGUUUAUCUUGCAAACCUACAACCUGGUCAAAAGAAGAUAACAAUGCAAACAGUUGCUGAUGCUGCCUUUUCAAGGAUACUAGAUGUGUGUAUUUCAAAGUUAUUCUGAUUGACAUGGUCAAGCAAUACAUCUUUAUUUACAGGAGACACUAUGUUGCUUUUGCCUUGCUUCCCUUUCACUAGUGUGAAGAUUGAGAUGAUUUAGACAGAGAUAUAUGAUAUUCAGUGUUGGUCGGCAAGAGAUGAAAAUAAGCCAGUUCAGACUUUUGAGAUGCACACGUACGACAUUCUUGCACUCUAAUCCUCCUUAACUCUGUCUCAUCACUGCCGCACUUUAUACUGUGUGAGUUUAAA